AUGGAUGGAACACGCAUUAUCCUUGCAGCUCAAUGGGAUCAGAUGCUGAUAUCGCUCGUAUUCGUCUUACAUCUCUUCCUCCUUCACCCCUCGCAUCACUUACUCUCGUUACAACUGCGAUGGAUCCUCCCUCUGAUUUCUCCUCAUUAUGCCGACCCCGAUCUUUCCCUUGUUGACCCUUAUUUCCGUUUUUGUAUCCAAUCUUUUUGUAAUACCCUAUCCCCUGUCAUCCCCAUUUUAUUCCCUGAAAGACGUUCCAAUUCAUUAUCCUCCCUAGGCCACUUCAAGACACUUUUUCAAGCAUGUGACAAGUUACAACUCAAAGUCAAUUGGGAUCAAGCUACGCAUCACACUGUGCUGGAUUUUCCUCUCACAAGUAUUUGUACUUUUGCUGGUAAUGCUGCUGAGGCUCCCUCUCCAACAUGGAGGCAUUUUCUAGUACGCGACGCAUACAUUCUCUCCACACGAGCUUGCAUACUACGUGCUCCGACUCAUCGUGAACGAACAAGCAAUCGUUACAACAUCGCUCGUUUUCACAAAGCUACGUCAUCGAAUGGUCAUUGGAGGAUUAAGCCUUUUCUCCUCAAACUCAUUGGUACUACCCCCUCUACCCCCACCCCGCUCAAUGUCACCUUUGAUUUUUAUAACUUGGUGUCACCCAUCACUCGCUCUGGUCUCACCAUCGACAACUUCAAGCGCAAGGAUUUUCGAUACAGCUUCUUACCGCCUCUUCAAGACUUGCCCAAUGAUUACCCUCGUGCAACUCCUGGUGCAUGGUAUCGUUUUUGGAAUUCAGCCCAUAUCCCUCAUCGUGCUACAACAGUCCUUUGGCGUCUCCUACAUCACCGCAAAUCGUCACGUGCACGUUUACAUCGUCUCAUUCCCACCUCAUGCAAAUCCAACUUAUGCCUUCUUUGUGAAGGGCAUGUUGAUGCCGUGAUUGACAUCACUGAAGCGGACAAACAUUUCUUUUUCGCUUGUCCUUUUGUUCACGAAGUAUGGCGCAUCCUUGCAGCUCAAUUUUCUCUAAGCUCUUUGGUUCAGUGGGAUCACUGUGAUGUUUCAAAUAAAGAAGAGAAGAGACAAGAUAAAUCCUUUAGGACUCAAUACAACAAUCACAUCUCUACCUUGUCGAGAAUACCACCGCAUCCAACCUCUGACACCCGUGUUACAGACUCCACCAUCAUUGCUUGCGGUGUGCUGGCCAUAUGGAAGGCCCAUUGGCAAUUCAUCUACAAUGACGAGCGUUUUCAAGCACAGGCUGUUGCUGCCAAGGCUGCAACCUCCAUACUUCAAAUUGAACAAGAGCACAACCUCUUAGCUAGAAAUGUCUGA